CAGCGCGGCAUGUCACAGAGGAAGAAGGUGCAUGCGUAGAGAGGUCCUCCGCGCUGCGACCAAGCUCAUAAAAGGCAAAAAAGCGUGUGUGGUUUUCGCCCUGCGGCGAAUCUUCGAACGCAAGCGCGUUGUUAUCCGCAGACUUUGAAAAGCAUUCGAGGGACCGCGCGCCUCCUCCCGUUGUCGCAGUUUCCAGCGCGACGUGCUGUUCCACCCGUGGCUCGGCGCCCCCGUAUACCACACCAUGGCCCUCGUGUCUGCUGAUUCCCGCAUUGCAGAACUGCUCACAGAGCUCCAUCAGCUGAUCAAGCAAACCCAGGAAGAGCGUUCGAGGAGCGAACACAACUUAGUGAACAUCCAAAAGACCCACGAGCGGAUGCAGACAGAGAACAAGAUCUCUCCCUAUUACCGGACAAAGCUGCGUGGCCUCUAUACAACCGCCAAGGCCGAUGCAGAGGCUGAGUGCAACAUCCUCCGGAAAGCCCUAGAUAAGAUUGCGGAAAUCAAGUCUCUGUUGGAAGAGAGGCGGAUUGCGGCCAAGAUCGCGGGCCUGUACAAUGACUCGGAGCCCCCUCGGAAGACCAUGCGCAGGGGGGUGCUGAUGACCCUGCUGCAGCAGUCAGCCAUGACCCUGCCCCUGUGGAUCGGGAAGCCUGGUGACAAGCCCCCGCCCCUGUGUGGGGCCAUUCCAGCUUCUGGGGACUAUGUGGCCAAACCUGGAGACAAGGUGGCUGCCCGGGUGAAGGCUGUGGAUGGGGAUGAGCAGUGGAUCCUGGCCGAGGUGGUCAGUUACAGCCAUGCCACCAACAAGUAUGAGGUAGAUGACAUUGAUGAAGAAGGCAAAGAGAGACACACCCUGAGCCGCCGGCGGAUCAUCCCACUGCCGCAGUGGAAGGCCAACCCGGAGACAGACCCCGAAGCCUUAUUCCAGAAGGAGCAGCUCGUGCUGGCCCUGUAUCCCCAGACCACCUGCUUCUACCGUGCCCUGAUCCACACGCCCCCGCAACGGAGCACGGGCUCUAGGCACGCGGGCUUCAGUAGCUGUGGCGCACGGGCUUGCUUGCUCCGAGGCAUGUGGGAUCUUCCGGAACCAGGGAUCGAACCCGUGUCCCCUGCACCGGCAGGCGGAUUCCUAAUCGCUCUGCCACCAGGGAAGUCCCCCUCUAGGCUGUCUUUGAUCCCUUUAACACGGGCUCCCUGGUACCAGACCCUCCAGUUAUGGCCCAUCCACGUAGAUGGCAAGUCUCCCUUCUCCCUGCUCUUCAUCCCUUACCCUUGGCCCUUUGUUGUUGAGGAAAGAGCUCUGUAGUAACAGGGACUGGGUUCAAACAUCUAGACUUCCUGAGUGACUACGAGGACAGGAGAGGCUGGGGGCCCACGAGCCAGAGGUUCCUGUCUGUCUAGGUUUGGGGGGGCCUCGCCUGGAGGUCUCUGACCAGUCACUCCCGUCUGCCCCCUACUGCAGCCCCAGGAUGACUAUUCGGUCCUGUUUGAAGACACCUCCUAUGCAGAUGGUUACUCGCCUCCCCUCAAUGUGGCCCAGCGGUACGUGGUGGCUUGUAAGGAGCCCAAGAAAAAGUGAAGCGGCCUCGCGGCCUCGCAACCUCCUGACACCCUCGAAGGGGAUGCACACAAGAUUCUGUGAUCGAAUAAAUAUUCCUCCUCCCUUG